AUGACAACAAAAUGGUCGCGAGUGAAACGAGAAAAUGAAGCGCAAGAAUCCAAAGGGGAUGACCAGAAAGGUUUCCCGACUGCCACAGGGAACACCAUUCGGCAAUGGACUCGAACCAUCUCACUCUCACGGGCACCUACAGGGGCACAUCAGCGAGCCCCUCUAAGUUGGGGACGAGUGUCGCUGCAGAAAAUUGGGCCCCCGCGUCGGCAUUCGCACAGCGCUGUUGUUUACAACGAUAGCAUGUAUGUUUAUGGCGGGUGGAUGGCUGAUUGGUCCAAGGGUGACAGUGUUUGGCGUCUUGACUUAACAACCCUGACUUGGAAUGAAAUUGAAGUGACGAAAAGUGCAUCCGUCCCCGAGCGUCGAUUUGGUCACAUUGCAGCUGUAUACGACGAUCGGAUGUACAUUUUUGGUGGAAAUCGAAGCACAAAGACAACAAAUGAAACGCACACUGGAGUCGUCGUUGAAAACUCUUGGGUUGUUCACGGAGGGGUAUCAGGUGAAAGUGGUGAAGUCGAGAUCCGCAAUGAUGCGUUCAGCUUCGAUUUUAGAUCAGCUACUUGGACCCCAUUGCCACAAUUGAAUGUCAAAAUGGAUGAUCAACCAGUUGAUUCUCAUUCUGGUUGUGUAGUUUCAUCUGAAUUUUCCCAUACAUUAUAUCUUUUAUUUGGAAGACGACGAUCAAACACCGCGCCCCCUCCUCCUUAUGCUUUUGUUCUUGACGUUUUUCGUCCUUCUGCUCAUUUGCAAAUUGAAGACGAUGAAGCGUGUCUGAUGUCUGCCUCUCGCUUAAUAGAAACUCGAUCCAUUGAGUUCUUCCGUUCAACGAUUGAUCAACUCUCUGAACAACUUGCCCCAAUGAGAAAUUCACUUGAAGAGGACGUCUUGCCUUCCUUAGAGAAGCAUUUGCAGAGAGUUGCUGCGAAAAUCGCAAGUUCAGGAGGCGAAACGGAUGACGCUUCUGUAACGGAAUGUAUGAGUUCUGCACCUGAGUGUAAUGCUCAAGACUGCCAUGUACUGAAACGGAUUGUUGAAGGAUUGAAGGAAACUGAUCGAAUGUACACAUCAAGCCUUGAAGGGAAUUUGUCGGAUAAAGAAUUUUCACUUGUUGAAACAUUUCUUACAAUUUUAUCAGAUUACUUGGAAUGUUCUGAAGAAGAGCUCGAUCGAUUUAUGCACGGCGAAAAUCUCCCACUUGAGACUUCCGAGCAACUCAAAAGAAUGCUUCCGGCAUUGGAGCUGAUCGAUGACUACAGAUGUGAAAUUGUGGAUGAGUUCAUCAGUCCAGGUGUUGAGCGAAUUCAAGAGCCUAUUGAGCUACCAAAAAUAACUCAAAAUUUCACUCAUCUUGCGAGUGAGGCAGCAGAACAGUUUCAAAAAGCGCACGAAGGAGUAAAAGACAGCAAUCUCCCGCCAAAACAAAGAAAAAUUAUGGAAGUACAAAAAGCCGAAGCUGGAAAAUCAUUGCUCGCAUUGCUACAGAAAAAAACGCACGAAACUCUUGCAAUUCUUCAAGCAACUCCUCUGGGUGAUUCAGUCAGCAUAGAAAAAAUGCUGGAUGUCUAUGAUGUAAGCAUUUCGAACGUUCACUCUUGGAACGCUGUUCGCCUCAGGAUAAAAAAAAAGGCCUUGAAAUCGACAUCGCUGCAGCUAAAAAGGCUGCUGCAAAGCAAGACAAGGUGUUGUCAUACUUGGACAGUAAGACAAGCAUUGAAGGGUUAUUCUUUUCACGUCAUUCCUGCAGAAGUUGCAAAAGAGAAACGGCGUUCGCGAUUGGAAACACUUUCGCAAUUGGAGGAAAAGAGAGCUUCAUUUGUUGCAAGACGCUCAAAGUUGUUGGAUGAAAUGAGAGUUAUGCUUGAGGCAAAGCUUGAAACUUAUAACUCAAUUCUGCAAGAAGAACGUCAAUUGUUGCUUGAAGCAGAACUCUAUAAGCGUGAAGGAGAUGAAGUGUCUCGACGUAUCGCUGAAAUGAAGCACUCAGCUGAUCGUCCAAGACUUCGGCGUCUUGCUGCUCAGAGCGCAUUAGGAAAUAUUGUUUCGCCAGUGAUCGAUGCUCUUGCAGCAAAGCACAAAACUAUUCUUGCCCAGAUGGAGAAAGUUGUUGGCGAACAAGGCGUUGUCGUAGCUGAAGAUGCCGCUAAGGAUGUUGCGCGAUUUGGGUAUUUGAUGAAUGAAAUUCAAAGACAACUCGAAAAGCAAUUAGCAGUACAAGAAAAUUCUCAUAAAAUGAUUCAAAGCAGAAUCGAAUCCAAAAGGGAUUAUUUGACGGUUGCUAUGGCAGAAGCAGGACCUGCAACGAUCGAUGGGACGCAGGGCGAUGUUGAAGCUCAAAUCGAGCAACUUAAAUUGUAA